AUGACACCAACGUUAUCUCAUUGGAAAGGUGGAAGCAGGAUGGUGUGGUCACAGCUAUGGACAACCGUGGUGACGUGCGUGCUGCUGGUAUCACCGGUGAAUUCUCAACAGACGGGAAAUAACCCAGAUUGGCCGAGAUGGUGCGGGAAGGUGUAUGAAGCUGGGUAUCCCAACUUCGACCCAGGCGGACAGACAGUCGAACCCCCUCCCCAUCCCUGCGGCUGCCCUCUCCUCCACGUCCAGUUCCAGCCCCGAUACAGCCUCUACGUUUCCACCGAAACAACCGGUGAAUUCGUCGUCAACGCUGCCUUCUCCCCGUACCACGGCACCAUCUGGCCGCCUACCAACUCCACGACCCGGUGGGCCGGCAGGCUCGUCUUCUCCAUCAACUCAGCCGAGACCGACGCCCCUUUGGUUCAAGCAACUGUUCCGGUCAACACAACAGGCAACCGCUUCUCGUUCAACCUUUCCCAUCUCGGCCCCCCCCGACUUGAGCCCUACCCGGUCGUUCUCUACGGCGCCCCGGAGUCAGGUCAGCCAAGUUGGACGGCAACAGCCAACGUCUCGUAUUUGCCGGAUAAAACAAACGGGAGCAUCACCCGGAUCGACAGCUGGAAAGGCGGGCUUUGGGUGAAGAACGCCGCUUCGAACAACACCUUUGAGCCGUACCUACCGUACGGGUUCUACGCUUCGCACGACAACUUCCUGCGAGAAAACGACACCAAGCUGAUCGAUGCGUACCGAGACUUGGGGCUGACGGGGAUGGUGCCCCUGGCCAGUUGGGCCGAGAUUCCGGAGGUGUUGAGUCACAUGGAUGGAAUUGAUCUGAAAUACAUGUACAACCUCCGCUAUGGGUACAAGAACCUGAGCUAUGUCGAGGAGAACGUUCUCUGGGCGAGGGACAAGGAGGGGCUUUUUGCCUACUGGACCGCGGAUGAACCGGACGGCUGGCAAGACCCCUUCCACCUCCCCGUCGCCGCCCGAUCCAGGAUCCGGGAGCUGGACCCGUACCACCCCAGCGUCAUCACCCUAAACUGCCAAAACUACCACUUCGCCCAGUACAGCUCCGGCGCCGACAUCCUCAUGUCAGACGUCUACCCCAUCGGCAUAAACGCCACCUUCUCCAAAUGGAACACCGCCUGCAACCUCACCCACGGCGACUGCGGCUGCGACAACUGCCUCGGCAUCGUCCAGGACGUCCCCUCCCGCCUCGACACUUUGGGCCAGCACGAACGCUGGCUCGGCCUCUGGCCCAAGACAAAAUUCCACAACCCCCAAAGUUUCCACGGGCAGGAUUACUGGCUGAGGGACCCCACCGUGGGGGAGGAGCACGCGAUGAAUGUUUUGGCUUUUAACCAUGGUGCCAAGGGGAUCAUAAGCUGGCUGUGGCCGACGAGCACUGUCCUUGCGGAGGCGCAUGGGCAGUUGGCCAAGGUUGUGACGGGGGGGAUGGUGAGGGGGUUUGUUGUGGGGGGUGAUCAAGUCGAGGGGCCGAGGGGGGUGGGAGCGAGGGUGAGGGGGAAUGAGAGGGUUGAGGUCGUCGACGCGGCGUUGGUGGUUGACGAGGGACUGCCGGCGUUGGCAACGAGUCUUGUUCUGGUCGCUCUCAGGGGUUGAUGGCUUGUCGAUCGGAUGUGGAUGCAACCCUUGAUCCAGAUUGUUGUUCUGCCGAUCUCCAGCUGUUGUUUUCACACCCAUCAAACCAAGAUGUCACCAGCUCAGUUCCCACAACAUAGCCAGUUGAGCUGUUUAAGGAAAGAAAACCGUGGGUAUCAUUAGCUCAUACAUAUCCCU